AGUUGCUGUGCCCCAUGGCCGGAUUAGCCUGGAAACUGUUGUUCUCUGGCAUUUAGCAUUUCUUUGUUGCCAACGUAGAGUUGGCGGAAUCGACUCGCACCCUAUCUUGUUUCCGUCGUCUCUUACUUCUUCAACGCCCGUUUUCCUAUUGUUUGAUCCUUAGAGCCCAGACCAAAGCAGGGCAGGAUCAGUUACCUGCAGUAACAAUACGACGCCCUAAUAACUGGGCUCCUCGCCUGAUUCCCGCUACACACAGCAUAUACCGAGCAGAUCAAGGGCCGCUUGAUGUUUAACGACAGGUAGCCGACCGAGAUCACCGGACAAGCCGAUUACAAGUGGUGAUUGCGGCUGUGGACAAGCCCGGACCGGGCCCAGUGUCAUCAGAAUGAUUGACCAUUUGCUGGGACGGCCGUCCGUGAAGUCACGCAGGCUACAGGUUUUUGCUGUGCUGGCAUUCUGGUCUGCUCUUGUCUUUAGAGGAAACAAUCAUGGCCCUCCGCUGGUGCGAACAUUGUCCCGCAUGCUUUCUAAGAAACUCACGGCAUGGCAAACCGUUGUGCUCACCAUGACUUACCUCUACGCGGCUCGUAAUUUCAGCACACUAGUGGGCCUCGCGAGCCCCGACCCCCUGACGAACAUGUACGACGCCGCAUAUUUCCGUGCCACGUGGGUACUCACGGCCCUUGAUGCCGGGUUUUGGACUGCCAUGAAGAUCAGAAACAAGACGCUGCGUGACUUAGCCAGCAUGGUCUUUUCUAUCUUCUACCUGAUCGCCGCCGAACAGGCCGACGAGAAGGUGCGCAAGGUGCGCGGCAACAUUACCGUCGAGCAUAUGAGGGUCAGCUGGAACAAGGGGACGCAGUCACCAUACUUGCGCUUCCUGCAAGGCCUGAUGCGCCCGCGCCUGAUGAGGUGGCCGCCCCGGCAGAUUCGCAUCCCGCGCCCCGCGGCCAGCGACUACAAGGAGGCUGUCUGGGCGUGGCUGUACUUCGACGGACCCUUGACCGAGCUCCAACAUCAAAACCGCAUCAUCUUGGACAUUCCGGGCGGCGGCUUCGUGGCUAUGGAUCCAAGGUGCAACGAUGACAAGCUAUUUGCUUGGGCUGCGAAGACGGGCAUGCCUGUUUUAAGUCUGGACUACAAGAAGGCGCCCGAAUAUCCGUACCCACAUGCACUGAAUGAGUGCUACGAUGUCUACACGACCAUCAUUAAGACCCGUGGUCGGUGCAUUGGACUGUCGGGCAAAGAGGUGCCCAAAGUGGUCAUCACUGGUGACAGUGCCGGUGGGACCUUGGCAGCGGCGACGACCCUGAUGAUCAUCGAGAGCGGCUCAUCACCCGUUCGCCGUUUCCAGGGUCAGACAGACCUUCCUGUCCCAGCCGGGCUCGUCCUGUUUUAUCCGGCCCUCGACAUGAACAUUGGCAGCUGGAUGUCGGAGGAGCAAAUGACAUUACUGAAGGACCGCCGGAUGAGGGGAACCAACAAGCGCAUCAUUGAGCGUAAGACGUCACAGUACGACAAUCUCGUUGGAACACCUCACCAGUCCGAAGACGAAGGUGACUCCACCCCGGCCUCCAAAUCCCGCUCCAGCCUUGAGAGCGGCGAACCGCAAAGUGCCAAUUCUACCGACGCCUCUAGUCCCGUCGGCGAACAUGUCCGCAGCCCAGCACCUGAGUACGCCCACUCUGGUCCGACUACCUGGAGCCAAGUCCAACAAGCCCAACCGGCCACUCCUUCCCCGGAGGCCAGCAAGAAAGCGCCACCGUCCCAACAGCCAGGCGCCUCCCACCACCCCGAACCGAUGCGCACCCGCCUGGCAAUGUCCUCUAUGAUCUCCUACUUCAACGACCGCGUUCUGACACCCGAGAUGAUGCGCGCAAUGAUCAUCCUCUACGUCGGCCCGCACAACAGACCCGACUUCUCCCAGGACUAUCUCCUCUCGCCGAUCCUCGCACCCGACAUCCUCCUCUCGAAAUUCCCCAAGACCUACUUCCUCACUGGCGAGCGCGAUCCGCUUGUCGACGACACCGUCAUCUUUGCUGGGAGGUUGAAGAGGGUAAAAGCGGCCCAGAUGGCCAGCGGAGGCUCGAGGCUCGAGUACAAAGACAGCGAUGCGCUCACAGAAGGCUUUAACGAGAAGGACGUCGCCGAGGUGGCGCUGAUUCCAGGUAUCAGCCACGGGUUCAUGCAGUUUCCCAGUAUCUACCCGCCCGCGUGGAAGCUGUUCGAUCGGACGGCGAGGUGGUUCGAGGAUAUCUUCGUCGAGGCGGAGAGAAAAGAGCGGGCGAGGGAGAGGGAAGCAUUGAACAAGAGAGUAAAGGAGGAGGAGGAAAAGAGGGGAAGGCACCACUUUAGGAACGAGUCGAGCGGCGAUGAGGAUAGACCCCUGGAGAUCAGCCUGACUAAGAUGAGGACUAAGAGUUUCGGGGUGGCUGGGGAAGACAAGGGGAAGGGGAAGGCUAACAGAGGGGAAAGCGUGAAAAGGGAUGAUCAUCCGCCGACGAGCAGCGAUAAGGAUCGCUCCAUCAUCGGCAGCAGCGAGAAUGAUGAUCAGGACGAGGGCGCCACCGAUGCCGCGGGUGGAAGCCAACGCCCGAAAAAGAAGGGCGCGCGGCGCGGCAGGGCUAAGGAUGAUGACGCUAAGAGCCUCUAUAAGCUGUCCAGCACAGAAGACCUGCUGGGAAGGAGGAUGCACGGCUUGGUGGGAGGUCUUACGAAGAUGCACGGGGAGCCAGAGUGAAUAAGGCAUAUCACAUACCUGUACUCAGCGACGGAGCGUUGGUCUGAGAUUCGGAUAGAGGUGGCCACUGUGGUACACAGCAAGCGUAAAGUUGGUGUCGGUGACUUGGUGUCCUUAAAGCAGUAACUUAUACCUAGAAUAGCUGUUGUAUGCAUGAAACAAGAACACAUUCAU